GACCGUUUGGGUGAUCUCUGCGAUGAGUUUGACGAUAUAGAAGCGAACUAUCGACAAAAGCUGUUCAAUUUAAUCAGAGAAAGGGAUCAGCUGAAGGCGUUGCUGGAUCCAAGUACUAUUCCGGAGGUCCCCAAUCUACGAACUGCAUUAACGGAAGGAGUGCAGAUGCUGUCGCCGGAAACCACUCUUGUUUCAAACGAUGAGCGUUCGGCUGAUUCGCGAGUCAAAGAGCUCCAGAAGAUAGUUCAGCAGUUAACGGAAGAGAACACUCGUCUUGCACAGAUUUGUGAUGAUGUGGACGAGUCGGAGAGUAAGCUCAGAAGGAGAAUUGUCGAGCUGGAGAAAGAGAUUUCUGCUCAGAAAGUGUCCCCAAUGAAAACAAAAGUGACAGCUCCUCGCCUUCUUGAUGCUCUUCAACACAGAGAAGUGGAUGAUGAUAGGGAAGAAGAACGAAUAGAAGCUGGCAAGGAGCCACCAUACGUUUCAGCACCAACAUCACCUCAACUGUUACAGAAAUCUCUCGAUCAAACGGAAGGUCCCAUAGAAGUGGAUGAUGAUAGGGAGGAAGAACGAAUAGAAGCUGGCAAGGAGGCACCAUACGUUUCAGCACCAACAUCACCUCAGUUGUUACAGAAAUCUCUCGAUCAAACGGAAGGUCCCAUGUAUGAGGAAUCGGUUGUGGAGAGCGCGGCUACACCGAAUCGUUCUCUACACACAACACUGUACAAGAGGCUCGAUAAAACAGCAAAGCUUAGCGACACACCUGAAAGUAAGGCUAACACGAGUCGAUGCGCUCAACAAUAA